GCGGCCGCAGAGGCUGCUGGGAGCGCGGCGCCGAGUUAAGUUUUCCCGCCACCGCUGAGGGGAGCGGAGCGCGUGCCAUGUCCCAGACCGACCCCGAGCUGCUCCUGCGGGAGCUGGGCGGCUGGGACUGGGAGCUGUGCCGCAGGGAGCUGCCCGUCGUCCUGCCCCGGCUCCUCAUAUCCUUCCUGAGGGGUGGGAGGAGGGCGGGACUGCCGUGGGGGGAGCCGGGGGAACCCACACGGGGUACCCCGAGAUGGCGGGGCUGCCAUGCGCAGUUGAAGCAUGGAAGCCUGUGGGUGGGUGCGGGGUUCCGCUGGAAGCGAGUGCUGAACUUCGCCAACAUAAAAGGCAAGAAAUAGCGUGUGGCUCCUGGAGCGCUUUUAAUAACUGCCUCUGUUCCUUCCCACCCCCCCAAAAAAAAUUUAAAAAAAAAAUCACGACAUACAAAGCACGCUCCCAGAACAUAGGAGUGUUCUGAUUUGUGGGUGCUGAGCAGCUGUGCUGGUUGUGGAGCAUCACUUUGGUUUGUGGGGUGUGCAGCCCACACAGGGCAGAAGCCGCAGCUGCUUCUGCUGAUGCCUUAAUCCAGUCUUACUGCAGAACCUGAGUUUCCUUAACGCUUUUACUCUAUGUAUCAAGAGUCCGAAGACUGGACUGAACACAUCCGUGUUUUGAGGAUCCUGACUGAAAUGUUUUUGCCUCAUAUAAGCCUUGGAGAUUUGGAAGAAACGUUUUUCUCUAAAGUAUUACCUAAGACUCUACAGUUGUAUGAUAAAUUGAUGUAUGAACUUUCCAGUGAAGCCAAAGGAUUAACUGACCAGAAUACAGAGUUACGCAGUACUGUAAGGAAUCUUUUACAGACUGUAGUGCAACUCUUGGAAACUCUGACCAGUUGUGUACGGUACAUCUGCACACUGCAAGACUGCGUGCCCAUGGAGAGUAUCCGCACCCUUCCAUCUUCUGUUCUUUAUGUAAUAAAGAACACGUUUACACACUGCAAGGAUAGCGAAUCAGUGUACUGUGGGAAGCUGCACUUGAUUUCUGACCUCCUGCAAGCUGUGUUCAAGGAAACUUAUUCUCUUCAGAAACAGCUAAUGGAACUGUUUGAUCAGAUUUCUGUGGGGUCUGCAUCUACUGAAGAUGACAUCUCAGAUAUGGUGUCAGUAAUUCACACUGUGCUGGAGAUCUGCUCUGUCAUUUCCAAUAUGGACCAUGCUCUUCAUGCCAAUACAUGGAAGUUCAUAAUCAAGCAAAGUCUGAAGCACCAUUCUCUGCUGCAGUGCCAUCUGAAACACAGUAACAUCCUCAGUGAUCUGUGCAAAGAUACUCUGCUUUCUUUUCAUUCCAGUUUACAACUAGCUGAGGAAAUGAAGCUGUCUGACAUUCAGGAUGGCACUGACCUCAGGCUAUUCCAGAAGACUGUCAAACUGUGCAGAUUCUUUGCCAAUUCCCUGGUAUACUACACCAAGGAAUUUCUUCCUUUCCUGUCUGAUUUAUGCUCACAGUUGCAUCAACUGUUCCUUCAGAUAUACAGCAAAUUUCCUCCCAGUCUUUAUGCUCCAGUGAUCUCAGAGGUACAUCAAGAUGAAAUAUCACGGGUUUUUCUUGUGGCUCUGGAUCCUCUCAUCAGUCAGCUUCUUCCCUUUAGCCCUUUUAUGGAGCAAGUGCUAAAGGACAUUUCAGGUCUUCCUGCUGAGCAGCAGCUGCCCCAGUGUCUCCUUCUGAUUACCAUCAUGGACAAGCUGUCUUCUCAGCCUGAAGAAGUGCAGACUCUCUGGAACACAGGAAAACGCCUGUCUUUUCUCUCAGCUCUUUUCCAGAGUUUCCAGCAAUGUUUUGCGGAGCUUUCUCUCCCUGUUUGUUUGCCAGAAGUGAUCAGUACAGGACAGCCAGCAGUCCCCAUCACCCUGUACCACUAUGUCUGCGUCCAUCUGUGCUCCUUCAUUGCUUCCACACUCCCAUCACAAUUUCCUCAUCUGGAGCGUGCUCUGCUGGAUGCUGUGCUGGGUUCUAGUAUGAUCACAUCCCUGCUAGCAAUGGACUCAUGGUGCUUCCUUGCUCGGUAUGGAACAGCUGAACUGUGUGCUCACCACUGUAUGGUGAUUGCUCACUUGAUAAAGUCGUGGCCCAGUGAGUGUUAUCAGGUCUCAGUCUUGGGUGUUCUGCUGAAGCGCAUGCUGUUCUUGAUGGCUCCAGAUCAUCAGGUGGAAUUUGCUCACAAAUUUCUCCCAGAAGAAGUGGAAAACUUGGCUGUGUGGCAGCACGUGUCCCUCAGAGCCCUGAACCCUGAUCUUGGGAAGCGAGUGGUGCAGGAGCUCUGCGUGGCAGCACUGGCGCAGUGCAGGCGGUGGCUGAACAGCAAGCGUGCUUGGGGAGAGCUCCAACCUGUGAAUGUUGCCUUUUCUGUCUUGCUGGUUACCUGCAAUUUUUCUGGUGAUGCUUUGGAGGCAGAACUUCGGGUGUCUAUUUUGGGAGUGCUUGGUCAGUUCUGGACUUUCCUUCAGGCUAAGCAGGUCUCAGAUGAACCAUGUCUCCAGCAAACGCUGUGUUUAUUACUUCAUCUUCUGAAGUUUUUCAUCCAAGCAUUAGACGCUCAACUAAUCAGCCAGGUUUUUUCCCUGCUGUCUGCCCUUCUCCGGAUGGAUCCCCCCGAUCACGUUCGUCUAGCAAUGCUGGAUUUUCUCUCUUCUGUGGGGAAGGUGUUUAUACCACAAGAAGUACAGAGGCAAGUUGUACCCCAGCUGUCCUGUUUGUUUGCUUCUCUGCUAGCUGACCAAACCUGGUUGAUUCAUCAGCGCGCACUGGAGGCAUUCAGAUGCUUUGCAGAGGAAACAAUCCAUGAAGAUGUUGUUCCUCAGUGCCUUCAUUCUGAAGAAAUUAAGAAUAAAGUUGUUAAUUUUAUGGCUAAGGUAAGGCAAGGCGAAGAGACAACAGAAGCACGUAUAGAACGCCUGAAACAAGAAAGGAUUACCUGUGGUGCACAUUUUAUGAAAAUGGCUGGAGAACUGGAGUCAACAGGAGAGCCUCUGGCAAAACGAGUGUGUCACCCUCCAUCUGAGGAGCAGUACAAGUCAGCAGUGGGCACAAUGGAGGGAGCAGUGGAGGCUGUGAAGCUGCUGCUGCAGAAAGGAUCACCCCCUGCAUGGGUUGCAGUGAAACUGGAGGCUCUACACACAGCUAUAGCCAUCCUCAGAGACAGUGUACGGGACAAAACAAGCAUGAAUCCCAAGAGCGCUCAAACCACAUCACUCACUCACCUUCCGGGGAGAUAUCAGCAGUUUUCAUGAAACUUG